AUGGCCCAGAUGAAGGUCCUAAUCAGCGGCGCCGGCAUCACUGGCAACGCCCUCGCCUACUGGCUCUCCAAGCUCGGCCACAAUGUCACCGUCAUCGAACGCUUCCCAGAACUCCGCACGACCGGCCUCCAAGUCGACCUCCGCGGUCCUGGUAUCCAAGUCUUGAAGCGUAUGGGACUUGAAGAGGCUUUCCGUGCCAAGUCCGUGCCCGAACAAGGCUUUGCCAUUGUCGACAGCUCCAACAGACGAUGGGCCUAUUUCGGGGUGAACAACUCUGGAAAGGGGCUGCAGAGCUUCACGACCGAAUAUGAGAUAUUGAGAGGUGACUUGUGCCGUCUGAUGCACGAUGCCAUCAAGGACAAGGUUACUUUCCGAUUCGGCGUCUCAAUUGACGGCUUCAAGCAAAAAGGCAACGGGGUCGAUGUUGAGUUCACAGACGGCAAGACGGAGCGCUUCGACUUCAUAGUCGGCGCCGAUGGCAUGGGCUCAAACACGCGCAAGCUGAUGCUCGGUCCUGGUGUUGCAGACGCCCUGCGCCCCGUCAAGGGCGCUUACACGGCCUACUUCACCAUUCCUCGUCCUAUUCAGAAGGGCGAAGAGUACAACUCGACCUUUUACCUGGCAACCGGUCGACGAGCCAUCAUGACGCGGCGACAUAGUCCGGAGGAGAUUCAGAUUUAUCUACCUUGCAACACCCUCUCGGAUAGAAUGAAACAGGCUCACAAGGAUGGAGUGCCGGAGCAGAAGAAGGCGCUGGCAGAGAUCUUCCAGGACGCUGGGUGGAAGUCAAAGGAGAUCCUGCGCGACAUGUUCAACUCGGAGAACUUUUAUUGCGAGCGUCUCGGUCUCGUCAAGCUUGACGCGUGGUAUGAUGGUAGAGUCGUUCUUGUUGGCGACGCUGCCUACUGCCCUUCGCCGCUUACAGGAAUGGGAACGACUUCCGGAAUUGUGGGAGCGUAUGUCCUCGCUGGAGAGAUUGCCCGCCACUGCGGAAAUGCAAAGGGCGGAAAGGCUCCUACUGAUGGCCUUGACGUGGCUUUCAAGACGUAUGAUGACAAGUUUCGGCCGUUCAUCAACCAGGUCACGGACGGGGUUGGCGAUGACAGUAUCUUCUGGAAUAAGAUGCCUUCGUCGGCGUUUGCUGUUGCGCUUGUCAACCUGCUCUUGGGGAUCGCUGCGUUUCUCAGACUGAACGUUGUUGGAAACUGGAUUCUGAAGGAGAAUGUAAAGUGGAUGCUGCCCGAGUAUGAUGAGUUGAAGUGA